GCGUUCUGCGCUCUGGGGCCGCCGGAUUUUAAGAUUUAAGGUCGUGGAGCGUGUCCUGUUGUAUGCUAUAAGUGACGCGAGUGUAGCAGAGCGGGUCCGUUGGAACGUUUUGGAGCGUAGCCUAUUGGAGCGCUGUCAGAUCUCUCCCAUUUCAGGUGUAAUCCCAUGCGAAAACACAAGUCAUUCAGAGACAUUUGUCCACUACUCAAGGACCCAAAGGCAUUGGCUGCAGUAAUUGACUUGUUUGAGGAAUAUGUCCGCGAAAACCACAAAGAUGUUGAAGUAAUCGUUGGUAUGGAUGCACGUGGGUUUCUAUUCGGGCCCCUGCUGGCUCAAAGAUUAGGAAUUGGCUUUGCCCUGGUGAGGAAGAGGGGCAAGCUCCCAGGACCAACAGUCUCAGUAGCCUAUGAUCUGGAUUACGGCAAGGCUGAGGCAGAAAUUCAGGAGGAUGCUGUGGCUCCUGGACAGAAAGUCUUACUCAUCGAUGACCUUCUGGCCACUGGAGGCACUCUUAACGCAGCGUGUGAGCUUAUGAAGAAACAGCAAGCCGUUGUGAUUGGCUGCUUGGUAGUAGUGGGGUGUCCAGAAGGAGCGGAUAAGUUAAAGCCCCACACCGUGUUCUAUUUGGUGGAAUUGUAAACCCACAGCUUGACACCUGUUCCUUCACAUUUUACAUGCUGGGAAUACACCACUCACAAACAAGACUGGCCAAACACCUGUCCAAUUGUUAUUGUGACACAGCACACAAGUGAACACUGCACACAAUGAAAUUGCAUUGAUGCCUCACCUGUGCAAGGGGGCAGCCCCCAAUAGCGCCCCAAGAGAGCAGUGCUAAAUUUGGCCCCUGGCCCUGCCCUAACCGCUUACCCAUGACCGCCCAUGGUGACAUGUGACAUGUGAAUACGUCACCAUCUCUCAUUGAUCUUCAUUGUUUUUCAUUGUGUUGCUUUCCAUGAUUACAAUGACCCUAAACAUACACCUAAGGCCAAAGUUUAUUUUUUUGAAGAGGUGAGAGUGAUUCAGUGAUUAAGUAUGACACCCGAUCUGCGUAUUUGAAGUGUUUUGAAGUGACUUAUCUGCUCAUUUUCACAUUAUGUUCGAUAGGCGACAAAACUUUUGUCUUGUGAAAAUCUGCCCUAUCUGUGUUCAUUAAAGGGUCAAUCUUU